UCAUCAUGGCCGACCUGCUAGAACCCUCGCGAGCAUGCGCUCGUCUGUGACCUCUGAACUUCCAUUUUCGGCCACGCAAAUGAACCCUUUAAAGCGGUGUACAUCAAGCAACAAAGGAAAAGCAUUAAAACACAAAAACAAAAACAAAAAAAGAAAGCAAAACCAAAAACAAAGUACAGCCUCACCUCCUUCAAGCGUAUCCCUUCAGUCUCUCAGAUUAAAAAAAAAAAAAAAAAGCGUAAACAGAGGAAGAAAGAAGAAGAUAAUAAUAAUAAUAAUAAUAAGUGAAGCUUUUGGUGGGUUUGAUUAUUGUUCAAUGGGUGACAAGGAAAAAGAGAGGGAAUCCGAGUUUUUUUGGGAGAAUGAUGAGGAUGGCAGCUACAACAGCGACAUAGAAGUACUCAACAAGAUUGAGAGUGGGUGUGGUAGUAGUAAUGCUUGCAAUACCGAUGAUGAUGAUGAUGAUGAUGUUGAUGAACAAGCUUUCUCUUCUCAGCAAUGGCCUCGGAGUUACAGGGAGACAACCGAUUCUUACACAAUAGCAGCAUCACCAAAUUUUGGCAACCUUGGUGUACGUGUUCCAAGUAUUAGAUAUUCAAGCUUUGGCAGUUCUACCAAAAGUUAUGUGGAGUCGGAUGAAAAGUCUUCUUUGCUGUCUGAUUAUGAUCUAAUCAAUCAAAAGAGUAACUUGGAUGGGAUUUCAAGAGCACAGUCAUCAUGGUCUGAUAAAGUUUCACUGUAUAGGCAGCUGACUGGAGAAUUACCCAUUGGUCAUGGAUGUAGUUUCACUCAAACUAUCUUUAAUGGAAUUAAUGUAAUGGCGGGAGUUGGACUUCUCUCAACGCCUUACACAGUGAAGGAAGGUGGAUGGGCAAGUUUGGGAGUGCUAGUUCUGUUUGCUGUUAUAUGUUGUUAUACAGCCUCUCUCAUGAGAUACUGCUUUGAAAGCAGAGAAGGCAUCAUUACUUAUCCUGAUUUAGGAGAAGCUGCCUUUGGAAGAUAUGGCCGUCUUCUCAUUUCUAUCUUUUUGUAUACAGAGUUAUAUUCUUAUUGCGUGGAAUUUAUAACUUUAGAAGGAGACAACCUCAGCAGUUUAUUCCCUGGAACAGCCUUGGAUUGGGCUGGUUUUCAUCUGGAUUCUAAGCACUUCUUUGGAAUUCUAACUGCCCUCAUUGUUCUACCAACUGUUUGGCUGAGGGAUCUCCGUGUGAUCUCGUACCUUUCAGCCGGAGGUGUUAUUGCCACAGUUUUGAUAGUCCUGUGUGUACUUUUACUCGGUACAACUACUGGGAUUGGGUUUCACCAUACUGGUGAAGUAGUGAACUGGAGAGGAAUUCCAUUUGCCAUUGGUGUUUAUGGGUUUUGCUAUUCUGGGCAUUCUGUUUUUCCAAAUAUCUACCAAUCCAUGGCGGACAAAAGAAAAUUUACCAAGGCACUGAUAAUCUGUUUUAUGUUAUGUGUUUUAAUAUAUGGGUGCGUCGCAGUGAUGGGGUUUCUCAUGUUCGGUGAAAGUACUUUGUCCCAGAUAACUUUGAACAUGCCACCACAUGCCUUUAUUUCAAAAGUUGCGUUGUGGACGACGGUUAUCAACCCAUUUACUAAGUAUGCCCUGUUGAUGAACCCCCUGGCAAGGAGUAUUGAGGAGCUGCUUCCGGCUGGAACUGCAAAUAGUCCAUGGUGUUACAUUUUACUAAGGACAGGACUCGUGAUUUCUUCUGUUUGUGCUGCCUUUCUUCUUCCUUUCUUUGGACUUGUGAUGGCCUUAAUAGGUUCUCUGCUCAGUAUACUGGUGGCAGUAAUUAUGCCUUCGCUCUGUUUUCUGAAAAUUUUGGGGAAGAAAGCUACAAAUACACAGGUUGUUUCAAGUAUCGCAAUUGCUACGUUGGGCGUUGUUUGUGCAAUUCUGGGAACAUAUUCUUCCGUAUUAGAUAUCGUGAAGAGUUAUUGACAGAUAUUUCAAAUGCUUCGUGUUCAACAUAUAUUAGGUGUAGUCGAACUCUUAAAUUAUUAUUUUGGGGAAACAUAUUAGAAAUUGACUACUUUUGGUCGUUAAAUGGGACAUAGAUAUUGUGGCCUAAUUACCUAAACUGGGCAUUGAUAUUCUGGCCUAAUCACAUUUCCUCCUCAUGCUAUAUUUUCUUCUCUAAUUUUGUUUUAAAAUCCUAAUUGUUUAGCUUGGCUUUUAUAUGUACUAUUGUGAUGGUACAUUUUACCAUAAUGAACUGUGCGGAUAAUCGUGCAAACGGUUCGAAUUUUUUA